AUGCAAGCCAACCAUCAAAAUACACCACAAAUCAGUGAUGGACCCUCAGCGCCCGCACAAAAGUCAAUCUCAAAAGAGAAAUUACUACCUUGCAAGUAUCGAACUGGUCGUGUUUUGGGCGGCGGAAGUUAUUCGGUCGUCAAAGAAGCCGUUCACGUCGAAACAAAAGAGUUGUAUGCAGCGAAGAUUAUAAACAAGAAGCUAGUUGAGAAAAAGCCUGAAUUUGUAAAAAACGAAAUCACUAUUUUAAAACGAAUUUCAUGUGGACACCCCAACAUUCUUCGCCUUGUUGACUAUUUUGAGACUGUAAAUAACUUGUACCUAAUCACCGAGCUUGCUACUGGCGGCGAACUCUUCGACCGAAUUUGUGCUCAAGGGUCAUUCUAUGAAGCGGAUGCCGCUAGGCUCAUACGCACGACUGCCUCUGCCGUUAAUUACCUGCAUGAAAACGGAAUUGUUCAUCGUGACCUAAAGCCAGAAAAUUUACUUUAUCGUUCUAAAGACCCAGAAUCUGAGCUGUUAAUUGCUGAUUUUGGGCUAUCCCAAUUCUAUGAUGAUUCACAAUACUACAUGUUAAUGACAGCUUGUGGUACUCCCGAGUAUAUGGCGCCAGAAAUAUUUCGACGCGUCGGUUAUGGAAAAUCUGUAGAUAUUUGGUCUAUCGGUGUAAUAACUUACUUCUUGCUAUGCGGAUAUUCCCCGUUUGUGCGAUCUUCACAGGUAGAAGUCAUUGAAGCAGUCUUGGCAAACCAAUAUGAAUUUCACGAAGCUUACUGGUCCGGUGUCUCUUCUACUGCAAAAGAUUUUAUUCGUAAAUGUUUGGAAGAUGACCCGGCGAAACGAUUGACUGCUAUAGAAGCCAUACAGCAUCCGUUUCUUUCUACAAAGAUCCCGGCCACUGCAAACCUGCUUCCCAAAGUUCGAGAAAACUUUAAUGCACGUAAGAAGUUUAGAAAAGCCUUUAAUGCUGUACGGGCCUUCAAUACUUUAAAGAAAGACAUCGAACCAAAAUCUCGCUAG